AUGUCUGGUGAUCUUUGUGUCCGCGUGGAGCCCCCGUGUGUUGAGUUCAGCGAUGUGAGCGCGGGUCAGGUGUACCGGAGGACCGUUACCGUGACCAAUGCGGGAAAAACGUCCAGAAAGAUAAUUAUCCAGAAGCCCGCAACAAAGUUUUUCAGGUUUGCAGUUUCAGCUCCAGCUGUGGCUCUGGCUCCUGGUUUGUCUGUGAGUGGUGUGUUAGAGUUCACUCCAGAGGAAGAGGUGGAGGCCAGAGAUAGUCUCCUCAUCCAUGUCAACGAUGAACACACCUUAAAAGUUCCCCUCCUGGGGAUUCCCAGGACUUGCUCCCUCUUCAUGGAUGCAGAAGUCGACUUUGGCUGUAUUGCUGCCAGCAGUCAGCUGGUCAGAAAACAUCAUCCGAUCACCAAUGGAGGAUCAGCUCCAGGUGUGUUUCAGGUGCAAGUGAAGCUCCAGAAUCGCUCUGCUGUAGUUCUCACCAUCAGAGCUGAUGUGACGGACGAACACCUGGAGAUCUUCGACUUGCAGGGGACUCCGCUCUCCUGCCUGUGGUUCGGCCCGGUCUACUUCGGGACCUCCGGCGUGGAACAUGUGGUUUUGAGGAACAGUUCACCCGAACCGUGCGACUGGGUGUGCCUGAUCCAGAGCGGCGCUGCUGGAACCGAGGUGGGGACGGACCUCCAGAGGAGCACAGAUGCCACCCUGCUGGGGAGGAUGAAGAACUGCAGCCCCGCCAGCCCUGACGUCUCCCAGAUCCUGGCGUGUUUUCCAAAGCAGGGUAAACUGGGUCCAUAUGGCAGAACCACAGUGGCAGUACGCUUCAGCCCCGUCAGCAAAAGGUACUGGCGUGGUUCUUCACCCAGCAGGCAGGACUAUUGUCUGUUCCUGCUCUUUGAGUCUGUGGGGAGCAAGCAUGGCUUCACUCACCAUCAUGCGGACAGCAGUGCAGAGCUGGCAGCGACAGGCUCCGGGCUGCCGGUGUCUCUGGUGCCCAGUCCCUCCGACCGGUUUGAUUUCCUCAGCUGCGUGACAGGCCAAAACGUCGAUCUCCUGUGUGUACUGCAGAACCUCUGUCCCCAGCUCCCCGUCAGCUUCCGCUUCCGCAAAGUGGCACACUUCAGCACCGAGCCGUCCUCUGGCACCAUCGGCCCCGGGCAGAGCCAGGAUGUAGUCUUGUCUUUCAAUGCUCGGCAGCAAGGGAGCUUCCAGGUGCAUCAGAAACUCGACGUCUUGGGUUAUGUCGUUUGUAAGAAGGACGAGGGCAAGGCGGAGGACAGCACUGAAAUGCUACGGGCCGCCGUCCUCAGCGCUGACAAAACACGACUGCACCAACACAGCAGGGAGGGGAGCGCCACCACAGAAGAAGAGGCGUUCCUGGCCUUCCCUAAUGACCGAGCCUCCAGCAUCAGGCCAGCCUCUCCUAACAGGCAGUACAGGACGAUCUUCACUGGUCUUCCCCGCUAUCGCUACGUGGACACCGACUACGCCUUCACCGAGGAUGAGGAAGAGCAGAGGCAGCGGCAUCGCCAGAUUUAUACAGACUUCAUCAACCAGCUCAGACGAACACGACUCCGGAGGAUCAAGGAAAGACAGCAAGAGAAGCCGGAGCAUGACGUUGAUAUCGGGAUCGUUCCCGCCCAAGGACUUGUUCCCCCUUCACUCCGCAUCAGUGACCUGAUGGACGGCGAGGUCCCAGAGUCAAACUGCAGUUCCGCAGGAGGCAGUCAGCCGAAGACAGCAUCCGUCACCCAGCGGGUUGCCGAUCAGGUUCCUGUGGCUCUGAAUGCAGUUCCCACCAGCAGCCAGGAGGUGGCAGACUGUAACAGGACUCUGUCUGCUCAGGAGCUCUGCCAAGUUGUUAUAGGCCCUCUGUCAGUGGACUUCGGCGAAGUGUGUGUGCGCUCGGUGUGUGUUCAGACGCUGGACCUGGUUAAUAACCUGCCGGCGCACGUCUGGAUCCAGCUGGAAGCGGACUCCCCCGAGCUUCAGGGCUCCUCUCCCCUGUCCCAUGUGCUGCCACCGCGCUCCCACAGCAGCCUGCCGCUCACGUUCCUGAGCAACACGCUGGGCCCUUUCUACAGUCCGGUUUCCUACUCCGUGAACCGGCAGCACCCUGGACAGGUCCUGGUCCGGGCCCAGGUCGUCCCCUUGGCUCUGGAGCUCUCCACCACCCUGCUGGUGAUCCACCCCACCCCCGGGCUGCUCGCCGCCUCGGGAUACCGCAGCUCGGUGACGCUGGUCAACCGGCGCAACCGCGCCGCCGAGUUCACGUGGCGCCCGGUGGUCACAGAGCGCGGCAUCCUGUUCUCCGUUCGACCAGCCACAGGUGUGGUGGAGCCGCACAAGGAGCUGGACUGCGAGGUGGUGUGGCAUCCGUCCUUCACCUCCCCCUCUCAGGGAGACUUUGACCUCUGCGUCCAUGAGGGCGGCACGCAGCGUCUGCACUGCGUCGCCAAGGUCGGAGCCGCCAGUGUUCAGCUGGCAGAGAAGCGGGUCACGUUCGGAUCAGUGCCUCUCAACACGCCUUCAACCAGGACUGCGGUUUUACACAACACCGGCCAGAACCAUGCCUACUUCCAGGUGUUAGACGUGUGCCCAGUGCCAGGCAUGGCGGUGAGUCCAUCCGAAGGCACAGUGCCGAGCAGGGGGCGGGCCGCACUCCAGAUCAACUUUAACCCAGACUGCGUGGUCAGGUUCGACGCCACAGUGGAGAUCGCUCUGAGGAACAUGAAGUCCGUUGAGAUGAGAGUGGGUGGAUCAGUGGAGCCUCCAAAUGUAGACAUCAGCGUGUCCCAUUUCGAGUUCUACGGGGUGUACGCCGGCUCUCAGAGAGCCGUCCCGUUCCUUCUGACAAACCGAUCGCCAGCUGUCGCCCGUGUGACCUUCGACCUGUCUGAACAUAAAGAGUUCUCCGUCAGGCUCCCUCAUCCCUCAGCAAAGAGGCUGCCAGGUGUGAGUGUUGUGGACGUGCAGGCCUUUCAGACGCUGGACUGUUCCCUGGCAUUCUCACCCAGUCAGUUGUCCGGCUACGACUUCGACCUGCCAGUCAUGGUCAACGGCAUGAGGUGGCCGUCUGCCUCGACGUCACCUCCAACCACCGCCGCGUCCUCGUCCGCCUCCUCCUUUGCCGGCAGCAGGAAGCGCACGGCCAAGCCGCCGUGUCGCUCCGUCGCCACGGCAACAAAACUGUGUCCGCGGGUACAGGCCACAGCGCUGUGCGCCCCGCUGGAAAUGUCGCCCUGCAGUUUACAGUUUGAAGCGGAGCCGCAGUCUGACGGUCACACUCAGAACGUGGAGCUGAGAGCGGCUCGUGACGGCAGCGUGUGUUGGCGCGCCCUCGCCGGGGACCGCGUGCGCUGGUGGUUUGACUGCAGCGCCAAAGCGGCACCGGCAGAAAGCGGGAGCGGGGGGGCGCCGUGCGCGGUGUCGCCGCCGUCGGGAAGUCUGGGGCCGGGCGAGUCCGCGUGUUUGAGGGUCAGCGUCCAGCCUGAGGCCGUCACAGCAGGCGCUGAAAGAGCGCUCCGCCUGUCCCUCCCUCUUUACCUGGGAGACGCGAGAGGCGAGGAGAUAAGAGGAGAUGAGGGGCGAGCGCCGUACAGAGAGCUGUCAAUCACGAUUAGCCUCCAGGUCCCGACGAUCACCAUCCGUCCCCCGCAGAUCCUCCUGCAGCCGGUCCCACUGAGGGGCCGCGCACAGGCCACGCUGACCUUGCUGGCUGACGGAUACCCAAGGGGCGCAAGCAUAUCAGCUGUAGUGGACGAGGUAAAAACGGAAGACGGCACGGAGAUACGUCCUGUCUCCGUCAUCUUCCCUGAGGGUCACGCCAUCCCUGCCGAGGACCGUGGCCAGGACGCCGGCGCCCGCUCUCUGACGUGCACCGUGGAGUUCAGCUCCGCCUUCCCUCUCUCUCUCUGCACGGCCAUCACCUUCUCUGACCACCUGCACAACAGGUUUCGGGUGCGACUCUAUGCGACCACUGACAACUGUCUGUUGACAGUGUGGCCCUACAUGGCUCUGCACCACUCCGAACAGCAGAUCGUUCUCAAAUCAGGUUCCACAGCUGUCGAGGCGAUCCUGCAGAGUUAUCGCUCACCAAGUCCCGCCUCGGGCCCGACUUCAUCUUCAGCCUCUUCAUUUGAUCACAACAGCUCGACAAACAAGUAUUCAGGUCAGUCAAGGAUGCACAGCGACAGCGCGAGCGGAGCAGCCAGCAGGGACACAGACGACCCCGCUCACAGAGAGUCCUCAGCCAGCCUCGGCGUCCCAGAAUUCCCCGCCGCCAGCACCGAGGAGGGACUCUACCACCAAAAUGUGUUAUUAGCCGCGGAGAGGUGGUUCAGCCUGUUCGGAUGGCCCGGCGGAGCGCACCCCGUUACUGUCCCGCUCACGCUCAGGAGAGUCAACGCAAACAUUGACACAGACUGGUCCAAAGCAAAAGCUCAUCGUGUCUUUCAAAAUAAAGACUCAAGGUCCGUGGCGGACAUGCUCCAUCACCUGACAGGCGGACAGAUUCCAGGUAUCCCUCGCUGUCAGGCUCUCUCUGGCGAUAUCGAGCGGCGGACUCAUCAGCUGCUCCAGCAGCACGAAGCCAUGCUGGAUUUUUUGAGGGCGCAGGGAGCCAGCCUCCGUCACAUCAGACCACACUACCUGCUCGAUGUGCAGGAGUUUAAACACUGGUGCUCCCAGCAGUCAAACGACACGGAGCAGAGUCUGAGCUACACCGACGUCGACUACGAAUCUCUCAGCAAACGCUCGUGGACCGAUGUGCUGCUGCAGACAUACAAGGUGCUGGUGUUGUGCCGUGUGUCAGAGAGGGACACGAAGGCAACGCCGGACCGCACGCGCCCAGACGAAGUCCUCACAGUCGGCUCAGCCAGUAACGUCUACUCAUCCCGGGAGCUGCAGCUGCUCUCGUGGCUCAACACGCACUACCACAGCAUGAGGGGGGAAGUGUGGGGCACAGGCGGAGUCCCAUCAGCACGCUGGAUCGUGAACUUUGACUUGGACUUGACAGAUGGACUGGUGCUCGCUGCUCUGCUUGCUGCGUACUGCCCUUACCUGGUCCGUGUCCACUUCCGGAGGAUGUACACCACACCCAGCAGCCUGGAGCAGAUCCUCCACAACAACAUCAUUGUGGUUCAGGCUUUAACUGCACUUGGCCUCAACAUCAAUGUUCAGCCCACAGACCUGUCAGAUCCCAACCCGGUGCAGAUGCUAAUGCUGUGUGUUCACCUGUACGAGAAGCUGCCUCAGUGUGUGCCCGUACAAACCAUUACUCUGUCAGGAGGCCUGCACAGCACCUUCAGCAAGCAGGUGCGUCUAAAAAACCCAUCCUCCCAGUCUGUCCGAUACUCAGCUCUCCUGUUGGGAGAGGACGCGCCUCUCUUCUCUCUUCCGACGGAUCUGCGGUCGAGUAAAGAAGUGACCGUGCGCUUCAGCUGCUCCUUCCUGCAGCCGAUGGAAGCGGCCCUCAUGCUCACUCCCAGCCCCGCGUCCGGCCCCGGCCGCGCCGCUCUCACCUUCGCUCUGAAGACUCGCGUCACUCACAUCACACCGGCGAAAACCAUCAGGUGUGAGUCUCCGUGCUACCAGCUGGAAGUGAUCCAAGUGCCGCUCGCAAACACGUUUAGUAAAGAGGCGAAGUUCAGGGUGGUGCUGGUGGAGUCAGAGUUCAACCCACUGGAGCCUGAAACCGCAGCAGACAGUCUGCUUCAGCAGCCUCCAUCCAGAGUCCAUGCGGAGAAACCUUCACACCAGGUCUGUGCUGAGCAGAUAGAAGACAGUGAAGGCGGCGAGUUCCUGAGCGCAGUGAGGGACGUUAAUCUGAAGCCAGGCCAAGCCGCCACUCUGAGAAUCCACUACCUGCCCUUCUGCCCCGGCGCCAAGCACUGCUCCGUGCUGCUCACCUCGCAGGCGGGAGAUAUGGUGUAUAUGGUGAAGGCCACAUCAGGGCUUCCUCUGCCCUCCCCUCUGACUGCCAGGCCCAGUGCCAACGUCACGCCUGCUCCCCAGAGCUCAGUGCUGAGGCUUCAGUGCACGCCGGGGCGGCUGUGCGAGGAGGCGCUGCGGCUGCCCAGGGUCAACAUGCAGUGGGAGCAGGCGCUGGCCGUCUGGGCUCAGCUCUGCAUGAGCGGCCGCGAGCGCAGGAGGCGGACGCUGACACACACUUUGCACAGCAGCACUGCGAGGGCAGGCGCGGCCGCACGGAAGCUCUGCGGACAGAUCCAUGCUGGUGUUCAGGGUGAAGAAGUGGAAUACACUGUGGAGGUUUCCUUGCCUCAAUACUUCACUCUGCCCCCCACCGUUACAAUACCUGUGAAGGAAGACACCAAUAUACCAUGGGAGAACCCUGCAGACUGCGGCUGUGUGGAAAUCCCGCUCCAGUUCCGGGCGGACGCGGUGGGGGAAUACAGAUGCCAGGUGGCGCUGAGGUCUCGGUGCGACACCAGGGUCUACGCAGUGGAGGCGGCGGUGAAUUCACAGCACAACGAGACGCGGCAGGAUUGGAGAGUGCGGGCCGGAUUGCGCGGCGAAGGAUUCUCCGGGCCGAGCGUUUUGGCCGUGCCCGCAGGGACCAGAGCCUGCUACCCUCUGACCUUUCACCCCGCCGCUCAGCACGCCGUCACGGGCCUGCUGUCCCUACAUAAUGACUACAACGGCACCAAGCAGGCGUUCACCCUCCGAGGAGUGGGAGAGCGCCCCCCGCCUGUGGACCACGUGCUGCUGCACUGCCCCGUCGGACGGACCACUCACGCCCAGCUGGACGUCCCCAACUACAGCCGGGACAGACUCCGUCUGAAGGUGGUGACAGACCUCUCCAUUGUUAGUGGCCCCCCUUGCUGUGAGAUCGAACCUGGUCACAGUGCUCCAUAUACGCUGACCGUGUCGCCAUGGAAACGGGGAAAACAGACAGGCCGCGUGUCCUUUGUAGAAAGCGACGCGACGCUCGAGGUCAAAGAGAAUCAAGGGAAGGCACCGGUGAGCUACGAAGCACACUUCUCCCUGGAGAUCAUCUGCGAGCCAGCGGCGCCCAUCAAGGUCGUCGACGUGCAGUGUGUUAGCAUGAGCUCGGUUGCCAUAGAGAUCCCUCAUAACCCGGGAGGAGAGCGGCUGACGCUGGACGUGCGCGUGGAGGGGGAGAGCCUGAGCGGGGCCACACAGGUUUCAGUCCCCCCCCGGGAGGCCGUCGUCUGCAAAGCCUCCUUCUCUCCGAGGAGAGUCGGGACGUGGACGGGCAGUGUGGUGUUCCAGUCGGAGGCGGUGGGCGAGUUCUGGUACCAGCUGCAGCUCUGCUCCCUCCCUCCUCCCGUCAGCGCCGAGCCUCAGACCUGCUGUCAGCUGGGAAAGUGGACCAGACUGACCAUUCCCCUGGUCAACCCCACAGCAGAGACCCUGCAGCUGACCGUCGUCAACAGCAACCCCAGGAACUUCACACUGGAGAUGGACUCAGGAAGCCCUCUUACCGUGGAGCCCCAGUCCUCCUCCCAGCUCGGUGUUCGCUUCAGCCCCUCAGCCAUCGGAGAGGGAAACCACAAAGCAAAGAUCACGUUCACCUGCCCUCAGCUGCAGGAACGGAGCGUGCUCCUGAGCGGCCGCGGCCUGGCGCCGCAGAGCGCGGAGCCCCUGAGCAUCUCGUCGGCCGUGGGCUCCACCGCCUCGGUCGCCAUCCCCUUCACGAACCCCACAGAGCUCCCGGCCGCGCUCAGCUUCACGCUCACAGCUGAGGACCCAAGUGGAGCCCCGAACAAGCGCCCGGUCCGAGGAGAGGACGUCUUCUCUGUACCUCUGAGCCACACUGAAGGUGUGCUGAUCGGCGACGGCGGCACGGUGGAUGUGCCGGUCGUGUUCGCCCCCAAAUCCGUGGAGCCGCAGCAGGCCUGGCUCUGCGUCGCCAUGAAGCCAAUCAGACGCCUGGACUCCGGCGCGAGGUCAGAGCCGGAGCCGUCCACCAUCUGCUGGACUUACCCCCUCCGCGGGAUUCCCGUGGAGGCGGCGGCGGCGGCGGCUGCCGAGGACUGCGAACUUGGCGAGCUCCGGUGCGAAGCGGGCCGCCAGCUGGUGAAGGAGGUGGACGUACGGCUCACUGGACACGUACCAGGGAACGAAGAGCGGAAAGGGCAGGGAGUUGACCGGGCGGCGGCGAUGGGAGACUUCCGGUGCGAGGUGCUGCCGGACGGCGAGGCGGGGGACUGCCUCGCCGCCUCGGUCGGAGCAGCAAGGAGGGACCCUGAGAACGGCGUCGUCACGCUCGGCCUCAAGAUAGUCUUCGCUCCUCUCAGAGCAAGCAGGAGCUCGGCGCUGCUCGCAGUUCAAUCGGCCUCCGGCAAGAUCUGGAAAUUCCCCAUUUCCCUCGUGGCAACACAGCCUCAGGUGGACGACGUCAUCUUCAUAGAAACCACCAAGUUAGGCCAGACCUCAGCGGUGGGCUUCCGCCUGACCAGCACCACCGGGAGGAGCGAGGCAUUCACGGCGACUCUGCUCCCGGGCGGCAGCGGGGAGUUCACGGUGACCCCGCCCUCCGGGACGCUGCCUCCCGCCGGCUCGACCGGCGCGCUGCUCACCGUGUCCUUCACGCCCGCCGCCGCCUCCCGCAACAGGCACCGGGCCGUGCUCUCCGUCCAGGCGGCGGACACGCGAUGGACGUACGAAGUGACGGCGACGAGCCGCCAGGACUCGCCGCCGCCGCUGCCACCGCGCGACUCAUCCACCGAGGGCGGCGCCGGAGGCCCAUCCGAAGACCAGCAGAAGAACUCGGUGCUCCGCGACCUGCAGCUCCCUGGCUAA